AUGCUGACGGAGAGACGCCCUUACAUUGGGCUGUUCUCUACGGAAUUCAUUGAUGCUCGAGAUACAUUCACAUUUACUCCUCUUCAUCUGGCGAGCAAGAAUGGCCAUGGUGAUACAAUUAAAAUUCUUCUCGACUAUAGAGCAGACGUGGAGGCUAGGUUAGCAACAACAUCCAAGGAACCAAAUCGCACUGCAUUAGCUUUAGCAAUCGGAUUUCUCCUGCAAAGCAAGCCCAAAGAGGAAAUAUCAGAAAGCUCCAAAUUGGCCAUUUUCCAUCUGGCCAGGGAGUCCGAAAAGGCCACAAAGCGAAAUGCUUUAUAUCGAGCCCAGAUGAGCUUGGAUAUACUAGACCAGCUCACCAGUGUUUUCGAAGCUAUGAAGCCCUCCGAUGAUCGUGAUGAUGCUUACCCGAAAGAAUCAGAUCUAGAGCAGACGAAAUUCAUCUGGUGGGCCAUGGAACCUGAGAGACAUCAUUCUCUGCUUGCAGAACUCAAAGGAAAGGCCAAACCUCUGAACAAGGAUGAAGCGAGCCUCGACCUGGCAGAUGACAGCGUCUUGCAAUGGGCAGCCUAUCACGGGUAUUAUGUGGUCGUAUACUGGCUGCUCCGUAAUUCGGAACCAAGACCAAAGGACAAUGAAGCUAAUAACAGAAAAAAGGCAGUUUACAUUACGGGCCAGAUGCUCCAAUUAGCGAAAAGGCAUAAGGAGCGUUCAACAGCUCCACCCGUCGAACACAGUAAUGAAGAAGAUCAACAACCGAAACCGAGAAAGAAGGCGGCACAAAGUGUACCGGCAAACAAUGAGCGAACACAAGAUGAAAUGGACUCAAGCGGCCCAAACAACGAUAUUCAACGAUUCCAGUACACCUUGGAUAUGCUUCGAGAUCCUCCCAUCGGGACAGAUAAUGGCGCGACAACCGGGGACUGCAAAGCUCCUAGCUUGCAGGAUAAGUCCGAUAAGGAGAGUAUCAGUCGGAAUUACGAAGCAACCCUUGUUGAUUUCUACAGCCGCGGAUCACGCGUAGAUCUAUUCAGACGUCAACGUCCCAUUUUUGAUGUGAUUUACGAGACUGACAAUGGAGGACCGGAUGGAGUCAUGAAGAUGGCGACAUCUAUCCUCAAAGAAGUGAAUCCGGGUGACAGUUUGGAGACAGAGAACGAUCGUAAGGAAGGUGGUCUGAGAUUACGAUGGAUCCAUUUGCCAGCCAAUAAUAUGGAAUGGAUGGAGCAUGUGGUGCAGAGAGUCUGCCAUGACAACAAGCAAAGCGAACGACAUCACGCCACCUUGCGCGAUUUUCUUCGAGGUAGCUGGCGGGAAAUGCCCCUCGGAGACUCGAGCGCCAAAUUUAUGAAUCCAUGUUUUGUGAACGAGAGUAGGAAAAGUGACCCCCUCAAUGCAAAAGGAGGAGGGACACGCGGAGAAAGACGACAUGACCGCAGAAUAGGAGAGACAGAAAAGAAACACGAUGAGACGGAAGAUGAACAAGAACAGGAAAUGGACCAGGGUGACCAAGAAGAUAAUGUUACCUUCAAAGAGAACCGUGAUCCAGAAAAGACGCAGAAACCGUACGUUCCGAGUUCUUCUCCAGCGCACGCAUUGGUAAAAGGCAGUCUAGAUAAACCACAAACACCGGCAGCGCUAUAUAUACCAUAUCUCACAUUUGAGAAAUGCUAUAGACGGCCAUGCAUAUGCGAACAUGAGAUACGUGAUCCCAGUGGCUUCCGAACUAAAUGCGAUAAUAUGUUGAAAGUCUACAACAAGCGCGGCAUAAAAGGGCAGGUCGUGCAUAAAAUUAGAUCUCUCGAUGAAUUCUACUACCCCAACUUGCCUGAUCUUACAAGCAGAAACGCGGCCCAGGUGGCGACAAGAUACCUCACGCUCCAGAGUCAAGGAAAUAGGAAGGAAAAUGGGGACUGGUGGCCCAUCCUUGCUGUUGGUCAAUUGUGGCUUUGGGUCAUUGACGAAAAGACGAUUAUAUCGAGCUCAACUGCUGGGUAUUGUGGGACGGGAGAUCCAGUGGUCGAAGGAAUUUUCAACCAAUUGAGAGAACAAAUGGAGCAGGGUGGGAGCACCUUACUGCCAUCAACUGUCUACCAGUUGUCCCGAUUGAUUGUAAAGUACUGCAUCAACUUUACUAGAACCGCGAGCUGGAACGAUGUUACUCGUGAGCUAGAAGGUAGCGACAAGUAUACCGAGAAGUCGCAGGAGCUAAGUCCGCUGCAAGGAAAUCUACUCCAGAUGCAUGGCGACAAGUCACCCUUUGAAAUCUUUGCAGACAGCAUAAAUCGUGCAGCGGAUAGUGAGAAUAGCCUGUUUGAAAGAUUCGUCAACCAAGUCGAACGAAACAAGAAUGAGAGUAGAAGGGAGAAAUCCAAGGAGCAUAACAACAACGACAAACAGAAGACAAAGCUCGUCUCAAAAACAAAGCAGCAGGGUCUCAAAGGCAAAGGCUCCACAGGGAAGAAUCAAUGUUCGCACGGCCACAGCAAAACUGGAGACGGUAGCGAAGCAAAAUAUUCAGAGGAAACGGACGAGAUGAAUCAAGCAAAUGAGCACGAAGACUGGGAAGCAAUUUAUGAUGCAGCCAAGCUUCUUGGAGAGGUAAAGGAUAUUCAAGAUGAGCUUCAUAUGUUCAAGGCAGUGGUAGCUGACCAGGAAUCUGUCUGGAAUACCCUGACCGGCCUGGGAGGCAACGACAGACGCCUGGCGGAAAAUAAAUCACUAAUGGAGCGUGGAUCAGCGGACAUACUCGAAGAAUUGGAGGAGAUGAAUAGGCUAGUCGAUUCAAUUGAGACAUCGGUCAAGGAUACGCUGAAUCUCGAACAGAAUGGAAUCAAUAUCACCGAGGCGAUGGUUUCCCGUCAGCUUACAGAACAAUCUACGAGACAAGGACGAAGCAUCAUGGCAUUUACAAUCGUGACUAUUUUCUUUCUCCCAAUGUCCUUUCUUACCUCCAUGUUUGCCUUGAAUGUCACCUCAUUUCAGCACGAUGCAUCAGGCAACUUGUUAUACCAGCCGACGUUCAUCUUCCCUAUAAUUUUCUGCGUUUCUAUUGGAUUAGGUAUCAUGAUUAUCAUCCCGGCUCUCUUUUAUCCAAAUAUCGGGGAAUUUUGGAAGCAUCAUUUAAACAGCCAGCACAUGCAUCCACGUAUGAAUCCACAUCAUACCAGUUCCCAAAACCCCACCAGUCCCAAGAAUCCCAAUCAGGAGGAACCCGUGAACAUAACGACUCCACAAACAGUGAAUCCAAUGCAUGUCCCCCAAAAAGGUACGGAUGUCUCUUUGAAACCUUUGGAAAGCUACCUAAGGAAUCUCAGAUCAUCACUACAUUCUCGACGAAGAAGUGAAAUAGUAGAUACAGAGAAAGCCGAACUCAAGAACCCAGAGUAG